CAUGUUUACCAGCUAAGUACCCUUCUACAUCACCACUUGGCACUUAAAACGACCCCAUUUACUAUCCUACGCCGAAUCGCAUGGAGUGCGCAUUACGCUACGAAUUUAAAUUAUAAAAACCCCAUGUUAUUAGAUUGAUUAUUUAUUAUCAUCUUGAUCGAUCACUAGUUUAUUUAUUUUACUUAACUUAUCUUUCUCUGUCACACAGUUUUUAUCUGCUUAACAACUAACUAGCCGUACAUAAACUCAUUAAUUAAUCACUUUUCUUUAAUCAUAAUCACUCACUCACAGAAAAUCAAAUCUGGGUUUAAAAUCAGUGUCUAGAGAGAGAAACUACCAUAAACUAUGAACCAAUCUAUCUCCAACUUUCUCUCUCUAAAAAAACCGUUUCGUUCAUUCUCUCAACUGCAUUUUGAUUUUCUUUCUCUCUUUCGCACUUCAUUUUUUGAGAUCUUAGAAGGAAGAAGCAUUUGGAUGUGCGUGUGAGUGUAAUUGUGAGUUGUUUCGUUUCGUUUCGGAAUCGGUUAGAUCGGCGAUGGAUGAAUUUUCCGGCGAUAUGGGAAUGGAGUCGACGGUGGUGACGCCGGCGCCGUUGACGGUUUCUGGAUCGUUUAAGGAAGGGAAGAACUCGUCACGAAGACGUACGCAUUCGAUGAGGCCUAGUUUGGAUGCGGAUGAGUUCAUGAACUUGCUUCAUGGUUCGGAUCCAGUAAAAUUGGAACUUAAUCGACUUGAGAAUGAUGUUAGAGAUAAGGAUAGAGAAUUAUCAGAAGCUCAAGCGGAGAUCAAAGCUUUGAAACACUCUGAACGACUUAGAGAAAAAGCUGUUGAAGAGCUUACUGAAGAAUUGUCAAAGGUUGACGGAAAGCUGAAGUUUACAGAAAAUCUUCUAGAAAGCAAAAAUCUUGAGAUAAAGAAAAUCAAUGAUGAAAAGAAAGCGUCGAUGGCAGCUCAGUUUGCAGCUGAAGCUACUCUUCGAAGGGUCCAUGCUGCUCAGAAGGAUGAUGACAUGCCUCCUAUCGAAGCCAUUCUCGCCCCUUUAGAAGCUGAACUCAAGCUUGCUCGGCAAGAGAUUGCUAAACUUCAAGAUGAUAACAAAGCUUUGGAUCGUCUUACGAAAUCUAAAGAAGCAGCACUUCUUGAAGCUGAAAGGACUGUUCAGGUUGCCUUGGCUAAGGCCUCCAUGGUGGAUGAUCUCCAAAAUAAAAAUCAAGAGCUAAUGAAACAGAUUGAGAUUUGCCAGGAAGAAAACAAAAUUUUGGACAGAAUGCACAGACUGAAGGUGGCAGAGGUUGAAAAGCUCACCCAAACUGUGAGGGAACUAGAAGAGGCUGUCCUUGCAGGGGGUGCAGCUGCAAAUGCUGUGAGAGAUUAUCAGCGAAAAUUUCAAGAAAUGAAUGAGGAAAGAAAAACUCUGGAUCGGGAGUUGGCUCGUGCCAAGGUAACAGCAAACAGAGUAGCUACAGUAGUUGCUAAUGAAUGGAAAGAUGCUAAUGACAAAGUGAUGCCUGUCAAACAAUGGCUUGAAGAGCGACGAUUCUUGCAGGGAGAGAUGCAGCAACUUCGGGAUAAGCUUGCUAUAGCUGAUCGCACUGCAAAGUAUGAAGCACAGUUAAAAGAAAAAUAUCAAUUACGGCUUAAAGUGCUACAAGAGAGUAUGAGAGAAACUUCUAACAGUAUUAAUCGCGGCACUUCAGAGGGAAGAUGUGUGGGCAAUGGGCCUUCUAUUAGCAAUGGGCCUUCUCGACGACAAUCUUUAGGUGGAGCUGAUAACACAUCCAAACUGAACUCUAAUGGGUUUCUGCCUAAGAGAACAUCAUCCUUUCAAAUAAGGUCCUCUGUGUCCUCCAGCACACUUUUGAAGAAUGCUAAAGGCGCAUCUAAGUCUUUUGAUGGUGGCUCUAGGUCACUAGAAAGGAGUAAAAUUCUUCUAAAUGGAAAGCCUCCAAGUUCCUCGUUUAACCAGUCUUCUGAAAGAACUAAAGAGAAAGAGGAAAACAAUAAUUGGAAAGGAAGUUUGGAUGAUAAGCCAAAUGAUUUCCCAUUAGUAGAUGCAGAGGAUAGUGUUCCAGGAGUUUUGUAUGAUUUCCUUCAGAAAGAGGUCCUAGCAUUGAGGAAAGCUGGGCAUGAAAAAGAUCAAAGCCUAAAAGACAAGGACGACGCCAUUGAGAUGCUAGCAAGGAAAGUGGAUACAUUGACCAAAGCUAUGGAAGUUGAGGCGAAGAAGAUGCGAAGGGAAGUAGCUGUCAUGGAGAAGGAGGUAGCUGCAAUGCGCACGGACAAAGAACAAGAGACAAAAGCCAAGCGUUUCAGCAAUGCGAAGGGUCCUAUGAACAGUGCUCAGCAACAGCUUGUUUCUGGGAGAAACAUGGGACGGGGAGGAUUAACACGCAGCACCCAGUGAUAACAAGUCUAUUGCAGAGACACCAAGGAGUGGAUUUUCAUAUCAUAAUUAUUCCGCCCUCUAUUAUUUAUAUUUUACCUUUGUCGUUUUUUCUCCAAUUGAUUCUGGCGACAGUCGUUAAUGAUAUUUGCCAUGGAUUGAGGGUGAGAAAAGAAUUCAAGUAAUUGAGGGUAAGAAGCAAGGCAAAGGAAGAUGAUUAACAUGGAGCUAACUUUCAGCUUUUCAUUGAGUGGCAGUGUGGUUGUAUUAUAGGUAGCUUUAUCUCUUCUUUUAUCCCUUCUUUUAUCCAUUUGGCAGUUGAUAUUUGUAAUACGCCGAUAGUGUGAUUGUGUUGGUUCAGGUUUGUUAAUAUAUUUGUAAUCAGAUCAAGAACUAAGUUUAUUUGGUUGUGCAAUACAUUUAUAGUUUCAAAAUUUAUUGUAAUUUCUAAGUUCAUUUUGAGUGACCA